CGCGAAGGGAGGCGUGCCGGUUUUGCUUUACGGCUGGCCGCGGGAUGAGCCUCUACGACGUAUUUCGGGGUUUCUUCGGUUUUCCCGGGGAGCGGAGGCCCCGCGACCCCUUCUUUGGGGGAAUCACACGGGACGACGACGAUGAGGACGAUGAAGAUGGCUUUGGGGCGAGGCACCCGGGGGACUUUGGGUUCGGGUUCACAUUCAGCCCAGGCGGGAUGCGUUUCCACGACACCUUCGGGUUUGACGAGCUGUUCCAGGAUUUCAACAACCUCUUCCAAGAGAUGGGAACGAGGAGUUUGCCUUCUGGGCCCUUUGAUUUCCCAGAGCCACCGGCACAAACACCUGAGAAGAGGCAGACGCUGAGGGAUUUCAUGCUGAAACGUCCGGAUAGCCAGAGGUCUAGCAGCAGAGCCCUAGAGGACGGCUCAGGCCCCCACAGCUCUGGAGAAGAGGGCCCUGGCAGCCAUUCCAAGGGGACACUGCUGCCAAAUGCAGUAUCCGGGAAAUUUCAUGAUAACACUGGCUCAGCUGAUACUCGAGUCACAUUUUUAUUACAGAUCUGGACUGCAGGUCACGUCCAAGGGCUCGAGACUAUUCUUCCGCCAGCCCAACCCCGGUCGUAUUUCAAAAGCGUUCGAUACACAAAAGUGGUUAGCACAGAUGGGACGGUGGAAGAGAGGCGGACGGUGCGUGACAGUCAGGGCCACGAGGAGACAGUUGUCACCCGCCAGAGCGGAGGGGAGCCACGUCCGGGGUUUGACGGUGGCCGGCAAGGAGGCUCAGGAGACCUGGCGCCCUUCCGCUCACGCCCUGGAGAGGACCUAGGCGACUCCGCUUCCAUCCUGGACACCUUUUUCCGCCGAUGGUUCUAGAGCCGAUAG